GGGCACAAGGGUCUCACCUUUUGGAAGCCCACCCCCUGCCUCCCAGGGCGGGCUGAGGCACAAGAUGCCACACCUUCACGGCCAUAUUGGCUAUGAUCAAAAGAUCUGAAGGUUCGCUUGUCCAACUUUGAGUGCGCGUUGCCGCCGAGAUGAAAGUCUGCCGCUGCAUGUGCAUAGGAAGCACUUAAGUGUCAGUUUGACUAGGCCUGCUGAACCCUAGGUUUGUCAUACUUUGAGUACAGGCCUCAGCUGGCUUGGGAAAAAGCUUCUGAAUUAGACAGAUGCUUUCUUAUUGCAAUGCCGCAAACCCCAGAACUGUAGCUCAGAGCCCCAACAACACCACAAUCGCAAUAAUGUUCAUCUCAUCAAGUUGUAGUUUAUGUCCAGGGUCUACCUAUUUGCUUUCAGACGUCUUUGCUUUGUAUCAUGUGCUGUGUACCAUUUGGUGUGUUGCAUGUGCGUUCUCGAGCUAGGUUCCCAUGAUAUAGUAAGCUUCUCUAUUCUUUUCCUUUUGGCGGCCAACGUCGAAGGCAGUGGAACCUUUUGCGCUCAGACACUCAGGAGUUGCAGUUGGAUCCUGAGACAUCCACGUGGACAAAGUCCACAGAGUGCUUGCCUGACAGGAGCCUGGCAAACUCCUCGACAUGCCCGGGCCGAGGUCGAGGAUCUGGAGGACGUGGAGGAGAUUGAAGAUGACGAUGAUGAAGUUGACCUUGAUGCAGACCCCAACUGGCCCAAAGUCAAGCAGGACAUGGUGAAAAUCUGGAACAUUCGAUAUGAGUCAGAAGAUUGGCUCCUCGCCGAUGACGUCAAGGGACUCAUGGAUGAGCACUUGCAGAGUGUGGUGGGCAAAGCAAAUUACCUUGACAUGGAAGAAACAUUUGUUGAGGUUGCUGAAGAUGAACCUCGACCAGGAGAAAUUAGCAGGGAAGAUUUUUCAGAAAUUGCAGGAAUUUAUGUUUACAAUGCCUUAUACACAUCAUGAAAUC